GCCUCGGUGGGCGGGGCCAUGAAGGAGGGGAGGCGUUGCCCCGCAGAGGGCCCGCACGGGCUCAGCCUUUAAGGGCCACCAGUGGGGACGGCCGCUGAGCGUGCUAGGAGGCCGUUGCUUUCCCCAGGGGCUCUCUUCCAGGCUCGGUCCGGUGUCGGCAUGGCCCGAGGAAAUCAGCGAGAACUUGCCCGCCAGAAAAACAUGAAGAAAUCCCAGGAAAUUAGCAAGGGAAAAAGAAAAGAGGAUAGGUUGACCACCUCUCAGAGAAAGCAGAGGGACUCUGAGAUAAUGCAACAAAAGCAGAAGGCAGCUAAUGAGAAGAAGUCUAUGCAGACGAGAGAAAAAUGAUGACUAUUUGGAAAAACCUGGGUGUUAUUGCCAACUAGGUGUAUCAUAAGCUCUAAGGUCAAAAAUUUUGUGGAGCAAACAGUCAUAUGUUAUACCCUUAUAAAACUAUUUUAAACUUUACCUUUCAGCCUGACUUAGUGUAAUGUUUCAGAACCAUUCUUCAAAGAAUAAAACCAUAACCAUUCAUGUGA